ACGUGCGACGCGGGGUUUUGGCGCUGUGAUGAGAACCGUGAUGUGAAGUUUCUGUAUUUCUGUUGUUGUGCUAUUCCUGUGUACAGUAACAUGAUUCAUGAAUUAUUGCUGGCUUUAAGUGGCUAUCCUGGGACAAUAUUCACGUGGAAUAAACGAAAUGGAUUGCAGGUUUCCCAGGACCUGCCGUUCCUCCACCCAAGUGAAACCAGUGUCCUUAAUCGACUAUGCAAAAUGGGCACCGAUUAUGUGCGUUUUACGGAGUUCAUAGAGCAACACACAGGUCAUGUUCACCAACAGGAGCCCAAUCAGUCUGGGCUUCAUGGCAUUUACCUGCGGGCAUUCUGCACUGGACUGAACUCUAUGCUUCAGCCAUAUCGACAAGCACUACUGGACCUAGAAAAAGAGUUUCUGGGUGAUCCACACCUCUCCAUUUCUCAUGUGAACUACAUGCUGGAGCAAUUUCAGCUUCUCUUCCCGUCUGUGAUAGUUGUUGUGGAGACCAUCAAAUCCCAAAAAAUUCACGGCUGCCAGAUCCUAGAGACGGUUUACAAGCACAGCUGUGGAGGUCUUCCUCCUGUCAGGAUGGCCUUAGAGAAGAUUCUUGCAGUGUGCCAUGGCGUUAUGUAUAAGCAGCUGGCCGCUUGGAUGCUGCACGGGCUGCUGCUGGAUAAGAGUGAGGAGUUUUUUGUCAAGCAGGGCCCAAGUGCGGGCGGAGCCGCAGCCUCCCAGGAGGAGGAGGAGGAAGACCUGGGUAUCGGUGGGCUGAGUGGAAAACAGCUGAGGGAGCUGCAGGACCUGAGAUUGAUUGAGGAAGAAAACAUGCUGGCUCCCUCCCUGCAACAGUUCUCUCUACGUGUCGAAAUGCUUCCCUCGUACAUCCCUGUUCGAGUAGCUGAAAAAAUCCUCUUUGUUGGGGAGUCGGUACAAAUGUUUGAGAAUCACAACCAGAGCCCAUCCCGAGCAGGGUCCAUACUGAAGCAUCAGGAGGACAUGUUUGCUGCAGAGCUCAACAGGCUCAAACAACAGCCUCUCUUCAGUCUGGUUGACUUUGAGAAUCUCGUUGAUGGCAUUCGGAGCACGGUUGCUGAGCACUUAUGGACAUUAAUGGUUGAAGAAUCUGAUCUCUUGGGACAGCUUAAGAUCAUAAAGGACUUUUACUUGUUGGGACGUGGGGAAUUGUACCAGGUCUUUAUUGACCUUGCUCAGCACAUGUUAAAAACCCCACCAUCUGCUGUGACUGAACACGAUGUCAAUGUGGCAUUCCAGCAAGCAGCUCACAAAGUGCUGCUAGACGAUGACAAUCUUUUGCCCCUCCUGCACCUCACCAUAGACUACCAAGGGAAGGAAAGCAAAGAGGCUUCUGGGAAUCGAGAGGGCACAACACCUCCACAGGAGACUUCUCCUCGUGAAGCUCCGCCCACUGGUUGGGCAGCACUGGGAUUGGCUUACAAGGUUCAAUGGCCCCUGCAUAUUCUGUUCACGCCCGCUGUAUUGGAAAAGUAUAACGUGGUGUUUCGUUAUCUGUUGAGCGUGCGUCGAGUCCAGUCGGAGCUGCAGCACUGCUGGGCCUUACAGAUGCAGCGCAAACAUCUCAAAUCAAACCAGACAGAGGCAGUUAAAUGGAGACUCCGCAACCAUAUGGCUUUCUUGGUGGAUAACCUUCAAUAUUACAUGCAGAUAGACGUUUUGGAGGCUCAGUUUUCACAGCUCUUACAACAGAUCAACUCCACACGAGACUUUGAGAGCAUCCGAUUGGCCCAUGACCAUUUUCUCAGCAAUUUACUCGCACAGUCUUUUAUUCUGCUCAAGCCUGUGUUUCACUGUCUGAAUGAAAUUCUGGAUCUCUGUCACAACUUCUGUUCCCUAGUUAGUCAGAACCUUGGUCCUCUGGAUGAAAGAGGUGCUGGCCAACUGGAUAUUCUUGUUAAGGGUUUUAGUCGUCAGUCGUUCUUGCUCUUCAAGAUUCUUUCCAGCGUACGUAACCACCAGAUAAACUCUGACCUGGCUCAGCUGCUGUUGCGACUAGACUACAACAAAUACUACACCCAGGCAGGAGGCACAUUGGGAAGUUUUGGGCUGUAAAGCUGAGCCUGAAGAUCUCAGAUGCGCACUUCACACAAACGUCCAUUUCAGCUUAUUAAAAGAAAUUGUAGAAUACA